UGAAUGCAGAUGCGUCAACAGUGGCACGUCACUAUCUCAGUUGCAAGAUGGCGAACGUGCGGGAUAGUGACACAUCCUUGUGGCUCCAUAAUAAACUCGGAACAUCGAACGAUUCCUGGACAACUGGUUCAAUUUGUACACAAUUAAAUGCUGAAGUGUUAAAGAAUAUUAAGGAUUGUUUUCCAGAUUUGCAAACACAAGUGAAACUAAAAUUAUUGUUGAGUUUCUUUCAUAUCCCGCGCAGAAAUGUUGAAGAGUGGAGAAAUGAAUUGGAGGAGAUCAUUGAAGUGGCAGCGGUGGACUCGGACCUCUGGGUCGCCAUGCUGGCAGAGGUCCUCAAAACAUUCCCCUCACAGGGCACCCUUAACACCGAGAUAGCAGAGUUCGACGAGACCCGGCCCAUAUUCAGUGACAUGAUCGGGGAACUCCGGAAAGCCCUGGCUAAGCAUUCGGAACUGGGAUUGUUGCCAUUAGAGUGCCUAUAUUUGAAUAAAAAUGCCUUAGUAUCUGUGGUUGGUCAGCAAGCGAACCCAGUAAAACACUUCACACUGAAACGCAAGCCCAAGUCCGUGGCGCUCCGGAGCGAACUGCUAGCCAAGGCAGCCGAGGUGCAGGCCAACCAGAAGAAGGCUCAAGCGCCCACCGUGCCGGUCCGGAGUCGCGGCAUGCCGAGGAAGAUGACUGAUACUACCCCUCUGAAGGGUCUGCCGUCGCGCUGGGCGGCGCGCUCGGGCGCGGCCCCGCGCGUGGCGCCCGCGCCGGCGCGCCCGCCGCCGCGCACGGCCGGCAUCAAGCUGCUCGACAUCGCCGACCAGCCCAUUGCUCAUGCUCAUGCUAAGAGGAGACGCAAGAACGAGUUGGAGGAGGCGGCGGCGGCCAAGAAGCCCGCCGUGGCGGCGCCCGCGUCGCCCCCGCCCGACUACGCGCGCGGCCUCAACAACUACCAGAUGCCCAAGCAGGAGGACAACCCCGCCUCCGUGCCGGUGGAGCCGGCGCCGGCGUCCCCCCCGCGCGCCUCCCCGCCGCCCGCCGCCGAGCGCCCGCCGCCGCCCAGCCCCAUGCUGGUGCACCAGGGCACCGGUGCGAAACCGAUCGUAAUCGGCCAACAAGGCAAACUAUUGAUAGCGGGGCAGGGCGGCACCAAGCCACUCCUACUGUCCGCGCCGACACUCCUCAACACGUCGGCUGUGCUGCUCCAACCUGGCGGCAAGGCUGUGCUGCUGCAGAACAUCAAACCGGUGACACAAACCGUGGUCCAGGCGGCGCGGCCCACGCUGCAGGUGGUGCCGCCGCCGCAACCGCAGCCGCAGCCCGUGGUGCAGGUGACGGGCGGGGCGGGCCCCGCGGCGGCGCCGGCGCAGCCGCUGCUGCCGCGUAGGGGGCUGUCGCUCACGCGCGAACAAAUGCUGGAAGCGCAAGAUAUGUUCCGCAACGCCAACAGAGUGACGCGACCCGAGAAGGCGCUCAUACUUGGUUUCAUGGCUGGCUCCAGAGAUAACCCCUGUCCGAACCUAGGCAACAUAGUGACAAUAAAACUGUCAGAGAACAUCGAAAACGUCCUACAAUCCGACGACACCUACCUCACCAUGCUCUCCGAGAUGCACUUCCAGAUGAACUACAACAACGGCCAGUGGACGCGGCUCAAGAAGUACCGGCACAUAGACGGCAUGGUGCCGCAGAAGAUACCCCCCGGCUCCACCGUCAUCUCGGCCAACAACCAGCAGCCCGUCGUGUCAAUAGCCAAUCAGAGCGUCAGUUAAGACGAGUUAAGAUUAGGUUAGUUGUUGUUUUGGCCUGGCGAAAAUUUGGGGCGAUAUCAGAGCGUUUUAGCCUGUCUUUGGUCAUAUUUUUGACGAAGUGUUACGAUAUUUUGAUCAUAUUAUUAAUUGUCUGGUAGAGGGGCAUUCCAGAAAGACGUCAGAUAAUUUUUUUAAACACAUCAUAAAGCUAAGAAGCCGAUAUUUGAUAAAUUAGCUUAACAGCAAAAACUGCCAGUGGACGGCUCUAGAAGUACCGGCACAUAGACGGCAUGGUGCCGCAGAAGAUACCCCCCGGCUCCACCGUCAUCUCAAUAGCCAAUCAGAGCGUCAGUUAAGACAAGUUAAGAUUAGGUUCUUUAUAGUUGUCGUUUUGGCCUGGCGAAAAUUUGGGGUAAUAUCAGAGCGUUUUAGUCUGUGUUCUUUAAUGUUUUUGACGAAGUGUUUCGAUAUUAUGAUGAUAUUGCUGGUUGUUUCGUACAGGCGCAUUCUAGAAAAGUGCCAAGUACAGUCAGUUGAAGAGAAAAGGUACCUCCCCCUGUAUAGAAAUUUGUAUGCAAGAGUCCAAAGCGAAUAUUAUUGCUCUCUGUACGUGACGCUAUUUAUUUUACACUUCCAUUAAAGCUAAGAAGCCGAUAUUUGGCAUGAUAACUUUAAAUGUAACAACGGUAUAUAAUACAAAUUUCUUCAGGUUAUUAAGGUAGCCAUACGCGUCCCAGACAAAGUUGCUAGACUUAAAUUUUCUCGGUUAGAGGUGUAAGGUUAGAGCCAGUAUAGCUUUACUUGGCGUUCAAAGCGCAUUGUAAUAUGCCUACUUGAAAAUACACUAUAAAAAGUAGACCUUUUUGUGAAAAGCCCCUACAGUACAGUACUACGAAUAAAUAAAUAGAUAUAUCAUAAAAUUGUUGAAGACUUCGCUUAAAAUGUGUGCAAAGGAAUUGACGUUUUAAACGCCCGUCAUAUUGCCAUCUAAUGCUGUAUUCAGGGCCUGUUUUGUAUGAAUUAAGUUUGGAAGUGUGAGAACUGUGCUUAGUAUGUUGGAUAUGUAAAUUUUCUGUUAGCGAAGGCCUUAAAUCGGUGAAGUAUAUAUAUCGUUGAAUGAGUGACUGUAAUCGAAACGUGAAAUCCUAUGACCAUAUUUGCUUCGGACUUCAUUUAUAGGGGUAUAAAACAAUUAGGAGUUAUGUCUCUUUUUAAAUUGAGAAUGUGCAUAACCGGUCAAUUUAUUUGAUGGUCGGCUCUUACACAAAUAAUAUAUGAUUAUUAAUGAUGAUUGUAUAAAAAUGAGAACACUGUUUAUCACAGCACCAUUAUUAAAAUGUUUGUUACAAUCAAAUAUUUAUUCUAAAAGACGUGUUAAGAAGCUAACAAUUUCGUAUAUUACCCGCCAUUCCCUAAAAUUUGACGAACAAGAAAUAUUCGAUGAAACAAAACGCGUUUCAACACGCUCGAUACCACCGACCCUUGGCAAAAAAAGAGUAGAAAUUAAAAAGUGGCAACACUGUAGUGUCGUCUCUUUCAAACCAAUUAAUAUAAGAAAAUGGGACGACACUACAGUGUUACCACUUUUUAAUUUCUUCUUUUUUGCUAAGCUGUACUUGUACGCGGAGAACCAACAACAAAUUCGCUUCAACAUUCGGAGCGUUCAGAUAAUUGAUGGUUCGGAUAAUCGAGGUUCUAUUGUAAUGUUAUUUCAAUGGCUAAUGGCUAUCACAAUGUAAAUCGGUUAACUUGUUCUAUAUAGUUUAAGAAACCUAUCGGAUAGAAAACUGCAGUUUGAUACGAGAAAAAGAGAAUGUUGAGAUGCAUUGUAUGGAAGUACAUUUGAAAUAAUAACAAAACUAACGAAGAUAAUGUAUGUAUACGCUCGAAAUGAUGUGAAAGGUGUUAUUCAAUUUGUGUUAUAAUUGUGUUGUAUACAUUAACACAUUCACUGCCAGCGACCCGCUAGGCGGGUUGUCUGUUCAUAGCAUCUAAGGACGGGCUAAUGGGGCACUAAAAAUGGUACUAUAGUUCGUUUUUUUAGGAUUAGAAAUAAGGUAAACAAUCUUGAUGUGUCUUUUAAUUGAAAAACACAUUUUAAAAAUAAGUUACGGCAAAUAUGUAACAUUUAUGAAUCUAAUACGAUCAUUUAUAUUCUUCUGCUUUCAUAAGUAAUAGUUUUUGAUUUUUAAAAAGCGUUUUUCAAUUAAAAGACAUGUCAAAAUCACUUGCCUUCUUGCAAGUUCUUUCUAAUGCUAAAAAAAACGAACUAUAGUUCGGCGGUGUUACUCACGAAUUCCAGCCAAUCGUGUAGGCUAACGCAACUAGUUGCGACCAAUAGCGCCGAUAGCGCGCGUGAUGCGAACUCGUCAACCAAUCGCGCGCGUGAUGCGAACUCAUCAACCAAUCGCGUUGUAGCGGUGUCACACCGCUGUACUGGCCCCUGUUAUGCUUCAUUAUUAUUGCCCGUAAAGCCAGUCCCUAGAUAUAUAUGUCAAUGGUUCAUAGGCGCUUUUCGCUAAGUACAUUUUCCUAUGUUGUCGGCUACGCUCGUAGCGCGUAGCUCGUGCUGGCUCUGAAUUUGUUAAGCUAAUGACCACGUUUGCAAGGAAGUGAAGAUUAAUAAGAAAAUACCAUUGAGUUAUUGUGGAAGAGGUGUAAAGUCUAAUGAAAAAAUCCGAGACUGAUAGCCAAACUACCACUUUAGGCGUAGGCUUUAGGGUUUUGUGGUAACCGACCGGCCAACAAGUCAUUUUGAUAACCGCCUAACGUACAGUCUUUCAGUCAGAUCUUUGCCCAACUACAUACAUAUUUGUAUACAGCGAUGAUAAACCAAUAACUUUGCAGACUGUACGUGACCAUAGAGAAAAAAUAUCUUAGACUUAAUGCCUUUUCUACUAUCAAUAACUCUUUGCAAUACCCUAAAACACAAACUGUGCGUUAUUUUGUAUAAAACGCUGCAUAAUAUUGAGUGAAACCGGAUUGAUUGUCUUCAAAAAUAGUGCCUUUACCAAGCCUUGUAAUAUAAAAUAGAUACCGAACGCGUCUACAUUUGUGGUCGAUUUUUGCCAACCGAUUUGGUUGUCACCUUCUACCUUAUAGAAGCAUAUAGGUACAGUACAGGCAAGAUAAUUAGGUAUAUCGAUUAUCGUGACGAUAGAGUGCCAAAAAUAUCUAUAGACGAGCUUAUUAGGGUAGUGAGAUAUUUUUGGGACUUUGUCCCUGUCGAUAUGUAAUACCUUGACUGUACCAAUCGCUGGCAUGUUUCAGUGCCAAUAAUUUGGGUAGUUUUAUCCUAGGUUAGUCAUUUUAACAGCAAUGUGUUUCAUAAAAAAUAUGCAAUAAUAUUAUGAUAAAAAAAUAGAUCAAUGCUGCCUUUACCGUAACAUAGCCAUGUAUAUAAUUAGUGGAAACGUCGACAACCGAUCCAGUUUUACUCAUAUUUAAAUAAUUCCGAAGAUGACUUAGAAAGUAAGGAAAUUUAUUUCCACACUAGUCGUUUUCUUUUUGAAAUUGAGGACAAUUUGUGAUCAGUUCUUGAGUACUUGUGAUGUCGGAAAGUUUACAAAAUUCAUUUUGGAAAUAAAAAAUCGGAGAGAUGAAAAAUAAACUAGAAUUAUUCAAUGAUUUUUGGAAACUAAAUGAUGUUACGUCAGAAUUAUUUUCGAAACUAUCCAAAGGAUUUCAUAACUCAUACAACAGAACACCUGUUUAUUUGUAAAAUACAGUCUAAAGUAACGAGAAUUUAUGUUGUAGUUACUAAUAAUUAAUUUCUUACAUGUGGUUUUUUUCAUGCUAAUCAUACUAUUGCAGACUUGCUUGGAACCGACUUGGCUCGCUUGAAAUGCUACAGGGGGCCUAGCCAAGUUGCCAAUCGUUUGCGCCGUAGCGAAUAAAACGAUAUGUCUCUCUGUCGCACUUAUAUGCAAGUGAUAUGAGUAUGGAGAGACAUUGUCGUUUCGUUCACUACGGCGCAAAUGAUUGGCAUAUUGGCUAGGUCCUCAGGUCUUUUAUCGAAAACAUGUAUAAAUAACACUUUUUUGUUAACAAAAGUGAAUGUUUAAUUCGAUGAUUACGUCAUUCUCGUUUGAUAAAGAUCCUAAAAGUUUUAUAUAAUUGUUACUGAUUGCUUUGUGGUUUUGAUGACGUUAAUCGUUAGGAUUGAACAAAAAUCACAAAAAUAAAAGGAUGUCACUAGCCCAAGGGCCACCACUUGAAUUAGGUAAUUUUCUAUAAAAAGGCUGAGUCUCAUGUAUUCGUGGAUACAAUGGCUUUUGAGAUGUAGGGGAGAAUUCGUUUUGUUUGCGUUAAGAUUGCAAUGGGGCCAGGCAGUGUUGCCAGGUCUAAUGUGUACGAUAUUGAGUCUUAUUACCUAAACUAUAAGGUCCAAAAGUAUCCAUAUCUGUAGAAGUGAUUUAGGAAAGAUUUCGAGGCGGAUUAAGGAACUAAACUAUUCAGUUUUUCAUGUACCUUUAUUGUCUAUCGUAUGUUUUUUGUUGUACAAUUUUUUGUAUUCAUACUAAAAU